AUGGCUUCACUGUGUGUGGUUCUUGGACUCGUUACGUUAUCGCAUGCUUAUGUAAACCUUGCACUGAACAAACCAGCACAUCAAUCACACCCAUACCUAAAAGGUGAUACAUAUGACGCCAGCAAUGCUGUAGACGGACUUAAAUCAAACCUGAGGUUUGAUGGGGGUCAAUGUGUUGUAUCAGAAGAUGGACAUAGAACCGCCAUUUGGUGGGUAAACCUGACUAGUAUUCACAGCAUCCAUGACAUCACUAUCUAUUACAGGACAGACAAUAGCCCAUGGUUUCCUUCUAAUGGAUACAAAGCAAGAUUUCUUAGAUUUUCGAUAUAUAUCUCCAAUACAACAAAUCGUUUACAAGGAAGAGAAUGUUUUAAGGACAUGAAUUUUACAUUUGAGACCAUACCAGCAGUUUUUAACACCAAGUGUUUUGUACAUGGACAGUACGUCAUCUACUACAACGAGAGGUUAUCAAAUGUUACCUAUCCAACAAAUGCUAGUCAAUACGCACACAACGAACUUUGCGAAGUAGAAGUUUACGGAUGUGCUCUUACUGGGUUUUUUGGGCCUAACUGUUCUGUUCCCUGUCCAGACGUUAACUGUCAGUAUUGUCACAUAGAGACGGGCACCUGUCAGGGCUGUAAACCUGGAUACAAGGGUCACCAAUGUGAACUAGAUUGUCCAGCUGGUUACUUUGGACAAGAAUGUUCUUUGAUGUGUCCAGAAACAUGUAAAGGCUGCAACAAUGUAAAUGGGUCGUGUGAUAAAGGAUGUCAUCCAGGCUGGAGGGGAGACCACUGUAAAAUAGAGUGUUCGGGCAAUAUGUUUGGAGACGGAUGCUUAAGCCAUUGCGGAAACUGUGCAGUUAAUUUACAGUGCCAUCAUAUUAACGGAACCUGUUUAAAUGGAUGUAAACCAGGGUACACUUCACAGUUUUGUAACCAAACAUGCCGUGAUGGAUAUUAUGGACAAGAUUGCGACAGAAUAUGCAAUGUUACAUGUGUUGGUUGUAACAACGUUAACGGACUGUGUGAUUCUGGCUGUCAUCCAGGAUGGAAGGGGGACUACUGUCAACAACAUUGUGAUAGUAACAAGUUUGGGGAAAGAUGUAACAAUACUUGUGGACACUGUCUUGGUUCAGAGCAGUGUCAUCACAUAAACGGAACAUGUUUGAAUGGUUGUGACAGUGGUUAUCAUGGCAAUCUCUGUACCAAAGAAUGUGAUGCCAAUUACUUUGGAAAAAAUUGUGAAGAAAUGUGUAGUGUAACAUGUAACGGUUGCAACAGAAAAACAGGCAUAUGCGAUACUGGAUGUAAACCUGGUUGGAGAGAUGUGUAUUGUCAUAAAGAAUGCAGUUCAGGUUAUUACGGAGAAAAAUGUGCCAGUACGUGCGGACAAUGUAUGAAUGAAAAAGUGUGUCACCAUGUUACCGGGAAUUGUGAUGAAGGAUGUCUGCCUGGGUACAAGGAACUAAGAUGUAAAACAGUUUGUGACAGUAAUAUGUACGGAAAGAAUUGUUCCAUGCCUUGUGGACACUGUCUAGAGUCAAGUCAAUGUAAUAAUAUCAAUGGAACCUGUAUAAAUGGGUGUGACAGUGGAUAUCAAGGAUCAAUCUGCAAUGAAGAAUGUGAAGAAAAUUAUUUUGGACCAAACUGUGAAAAAGAGUGCAAUAGUACUUGCAAAAGUUGCAACAGAACAACAGGAACAUGUGACUUUGGGUGUCAUCCGGGAUGGAAAGGACUGUUUUGUCACGAAACUUGCAAUCAGAGGAAGUAUGGAGAAAAUUGCAACAUGCGUUGUGGACACUGUGUUAAGUCAGAGCAAUGCCACCACAUCAAUGGGACAUGUAUGAAUGGUUGUGACAGUGGCUACGAAGGGUUAAACUGCACAGACGAAUGUGACGAUAAACAUUACGGACCAAAUUGCAUGGAAAUGUGUAAUAUAACGUGUAAAAGCUGCAACAAAUCGACAGGAAUAUGUGACAAUGGUUGUCAUCCUGGAUGGAGGGGACUCUUUUGUCAAGAAGAAUGUAUAGCAGGUUUUUAUGGAGAAAAUUGUAACAAUAGUUGUGGACAUUGUUUGAAUGAGACAGCAUGUCACCAUAUCAAUGGAACGUGCGAUGUAGAAUGUGACCCUGGGUACCAAACUCCGUACUGCACAGAAGAAUGCAGCGAAGGAAAUUACGGAAUGAAGUGCACCGGAUUAUGUGGGUUCUGUUCCAAUAUCUCCCACUGUUCUCAUGUAGACGGAACAUGUCGGACCGGAUGUAGUCCCGGCUACCGACAUAAUCUCUGCAAAAAAAUUUGUCAGGAAGGUCGAUUUGGUCAAGACUGUGCUUUAAAAUGCAACACCACUUGUCAAGGUUGUAACAAUAUCAAUGGAGUUUGUGACACUGGCUGUAAAACUGGUUGGAAAGGAGUCUACUGCCAUGAAGAAUUACCCCAAACGAGUAAUGAAGGAACAAUAAUUGGAGGAUCAAUAGGUGUACUUGUCAUUCUGAUAGCAGUAUGUUUGAUAGUGCUUACAAUCAUAAGACGGAGAAAUCAGAAAACUAAACAGAAAAAUGUUGAUAGUCAUUUCAACGGAAAUCUAAUUAGCAAUACUGAAAUGGUGGUAAAAUCCAACAGUAAAGACUCAGAUAUGAACGAUAGCAACGACUAUGCAAAACUUGUACAACCGACUGAUAGCAACAAAGAAGAAUGGAGCGAGAACCCCAUAGGGGACAAUGACAUAUACAUGAACGAGCAGUUUACUCCAAACAUUCCAGUAGAUCAACUGGAUUCUUUCAUUGCAGAAAAAAGAAGUAAAGGAAAUGAAGGAUUUAAGAGAGAAUACGCGGGUCUUCCUUCGGGUGAGAUACGCUGCUGUGAUGCCGGAAAGAAACAAGAAAAUAUAGCAAAGAAUAGGUUCAAGACAACAUUCCCAUAUGACCAUUCCCGUGUAAAGCUACAUGUAGAUGACGAAUCAUCGUCGGAUUACAUUAAUGCAAACUAUAUUGACGGACACAACAGACAAAAAGAGUACAUCGCUGCACAAGGACCAAAAGCCAAUACUCUUGCUGAUUUUUGGAGAAUGAUUUGGCAGGAAAACGUGGCUACCAUUGUAAUGCUUACUAAUCUUAAAGAAGGAGAAAAGUUUAAGUGUACCCAGUAUUGGCCGGAAAGAAACAAACCAUUUAGUGCUGGGCCAGUGUUGGUCAAACUGAUUGUAGAGAAAGAGUACGCCUUUUACAUAGAACGGAAAAUGUCAGUUAGCAACAAACAGUUAAAGAAGACACGCGUGAUUUAUCAGCACCACUACACGGCGUGGCCUGAUCACGGAACCCCAGAAUCAUUGUGCUUGCUCACGUUUCACAACCACGUGAUCAGCAAAACUAAUAAUAACACGAAUGUACCCACUGUUGUCCACUGCAGCGCGGGUGUAGGGAGGACCGGUACCUAUAUAGCUCUGGACGCUUUGUAUCACAUGGGCAAACAGACAGGAACAGUCAACGUGGUGGAAUUUGUCAAGAAAAUGAGAGGAAACCGAGUGUCUAUGGUCCAGACAUUUGAACAGUACACUACGAUCUAUCUUGCUUUGAACAACAUUUUCAAAGCUCCAAUUAAGAUGGACAAUUCCACAGACGUUUUCUUCAAGGCAGAGAAAGCUAUUCAAGGUGCACAAGCCACCAGAAAAGAAUUCCAGCUUCUUUUAAAUGUUCGACCAGCAUACACGGGAGUAGACUACAAGAUUGCGAAGCAAAACUCAGCAAAAAACUGCGCGGACACUAUUUUGCCACUUGAUAAGUAUAGUUUAUUUUUGUCAUCGUCGGUAUCAAACAGAGGAAAUUACAUCAACGCUAUCGUUGUACCAUCAUUGACAAACGGAAGGCGGUUUAUUGUGACAAAAUACCCAACACCAGAUGGCGCUGUGGACUUCUUACGUCUGCUCGAUGACCACGAGUCUGAUACAGUAAUAUGCAUGGACCCUGUUCAGGAUAUUGAUUCGAUUCGCAGUUGGUUGCCAGAUGCAUCCUCGUCAACGGUCGUGACACCUUUCACAGUACACUGUCAAUCAAAGUCAAAAACUGACGUCACCUGUCACCUUAUUGAUAUUGUUCAAGAAAAGAAUGAGGACGAGUCGCACUCUGUGGUUGUGGUGGAACCGAGGGCGAAGAUUGGUCCAAUUGAAACUUCACAAGAUACAUCACACCUCCGGAGUCUUGUGUCGGCAGCGUUACUGUCUGAGACAGAAAAUCCCAUCACCGUCGUUUGUAGUGACGGUGCUUCUUUGUGUGGAGUGUUCCUUGCUGUCCAUAACGCCAUUCAGCAGCUGGACAUUGACGGUUGGGUGGAUGUGUUCACUACGGUUAGACAUCUACAAGUCAGACGUCCGGAAUUCUGUGCGAACUUUAAUGAGUACCAAAUGGUAUUUAAGGCUCUGUACGACCACAUUCAAAGUACAACAGAGACCAUCUACUCCAAUCAGUGAACGAACACCGAGACGACCACAUCCAGAGUACGUCAGUGGCCAUGUUCAUUAUAGGACAGUUGAGAUUCUCCGGGUUCUGUGUAAAUCGUAACAUUCCAUGCAUGAUUUAUUAAGUAGACAAUUACCAUUCUUCAAAAAAGUCUUAUAAUGACUUUAUAUAUAGUCUGUCCCAAGAUUUUCUCGAUUCAUAUUUUGGUUAAUUACUCGAUAUUUAUAAAUACUUCAGGGUUCAAAGGAAGUUCAUUCAAAAGUAUGAAAAAUUUCUAAGAUUUCUCAGUUGAAACGCCCCUGUUAAUUUAUCAGGUUUCAAUACACGUCUAAAAUGUCCACAGAGAUGUCCACAAAGAUUUUGUUUUGCAAUAAGCCCAGAUGUUAAUGUUGAAAAAUUGCACGAGGUAUUCCGAGUGACUUUCGAAUGGAGAAAUCUCCGGAAGAAAUCUGUUUCGUUCCUGUGAUUUUUUAUAAAAAAGAACAAUGUGUAAAUGAAGACAUCUUGGAAAUUGUCCUUUUUAUCGAAUUCAAUUACACUUCUUUCACAGGUAUGUCUGUGUUAAAAAUGGUCCAAAAUGUGUAGCAUAAACAUCUUGGGACAGACUUUAGGUAUUCUACAAUCCACGCUGCUUCGCUAUAUGAAGAUUGUCAUCAUGAUUUCGUGUUUUUGAAAGAAAAUGAAAUCAAAAUAUACCAAACUAAUUGUGUUUACAUAGCUAAAUUAGUUCAUCAGCUGGCGAUGAAUAAAGGACACUGGUGACACUAAAUAUGCUAACUGAUAUAAUAACAGUUGUGUAUAUAAUGGAUAAGAAUCAGUUAUAAUCAAAUAGCUUUGAUUGAACUAACACUAUUAAGUUAAACUAUGUAACUUGCUAUGAUAUCGUUACACUGUAUUGUAUUGAGACUUUUUAACUGCGUGUGUAAAUUCAUGUACAUUAUAGUAUAAAAUUCUAAUCAUUAAUUUUAAUUCAUUUGCAUAAACAAUAAACACAUUGUUUAAAUUCUUAUUACAAAGAAAUCUCAGAUACAACAUUAUUUGCUAUGCUCGUUUUUGUGUUUUCUUUCUUUUUCUUUUGUUCAGUUGACAAAUUUAUAGAAACUUUCACUGAAAGUUUGGUUAAUGUGUAUUUGUUUUCUAUAAAUCUUUGAACAGAUGGGUAUACAUUUAUAUAUAAUGUAAUCUUAAGAUCAAAUUAUAUAUUCUUUUUAAUUGAAUUAUAUAAAAAAAAAACUGGGAAAGUUAUUUAUCUUUUUUUUAGGAAACUUCCAAUGUCAUAAUAUUUUUUUGUCUUUUAAAAGGAGCCAAUGACAUUUUUAAUGAAUAUUCAUCCUCUUCUCACUUUUGUGUGCAAAUGCACAACCUUCCUGAAAUACUUCACACAUGUUUGACUAGACAAAAAUUAGCAUAAUAAAUUGCUAUGAAAUUGUAAACUAAAUCAAAUAAAAAAAAAAACACUUCGCAUACUGUGGUUUCAUUAAUAUUCAAGGGCAUGAAUUUUUUAGGAUAAAGUGGAAAUCACAGUUUCAAGGAUACGUAAAUUUGUGGCCAAUGAUCUUAUCAAUAUAAAAUAUUAAUAGAAGUUACACUUCAAUGAACGUUUCAUUUCGUGGAUCAACUUUAAAACGAAAUCCACGAAAAUUGGUAUUCAACGAAUAUUGAUGAAUCCACAGUAGAAAAAAAACUUGUCUGAAACCCGAAUCAAAGACACUGUUACUCUGGUUGAGUUGUCAAAAUAAGAUUGGUGUAAACCUCAAUGAUAAUGGAUACAAUCAUAUACAAACAUUUACUAAUUAUGGAAUGGACUGCUAUUGACAUUAAUUUUUACUAUCUUUAAAGAAACUUAAAAAUUUGAAACUCUAAGAAUUGAUUUGUGGCUAAACAGAAAUUUUGGAAUUAAAUUGGUUUCCCUUUUUUUCACACAAUUAUUUUGACCACCACUGAUAUAACAAGAGUUUGGUUAUAAAUCUGCUAGUCAUGUAAAUAAGCAACGUUCCUGUUCUGUUGGUUUAAUCUCUAAUUCUUUCAUAUAAUUACUAGACUUUGACCCAUGCGUGCACAGGUUGACAUUGCAUAUGAUAUCGGACAAUUACGAAACAAAAUCAUCGACACACCGUAUUGUUGACAUUUACAUAACCAAGCUUUAUGACUACAAUAAUGCUAUUAAUUUCACUACACUCGGCUUAGUUUGAAUAACCUAACUGUAUCUCGGGACAGGCCUUCACCACAGUUAAGAUAACUCCCAUUUACCCGUAAUGUAGAAAAAAGAAAAUGCAAAAUCGCUCCGAAACGAUUUUUGAGAAAAUUAACAGGCUGCAAUGAAAAUAACAGUCAAAUUUUCAUCUAAAAAUUUAAUUCAUUUUUAUGAAGAAUUCAAUACUUUUUCACCAACUUUUUUACUCGCUUCGAAUUUACACACAAUGUUGACAUUCGGAACUCUCGGGAUAUUUCAUAUUAAAUGCACUGAGUUAGAGUAAUCUUCCCUAUUCCUUUGAUAAACAAAAUAUAAGACAAAUUUUCAAUGAAAAUGUACAUGUACUUGUUAUAUCGUCUCUGAGUUUAUCCAUGCAAAUGUGAUAUUGUGGAGCAUAAACUGAAAAAUCUCCGUGAUUUAACGUAUGUAAUACGCAUGUGCAAGAUUGCAAAAAGAAAAAAAAAAUCCAGAUAAUUUCCUGAUAUUUUAAAGGAAUUUUCGUUGAUUAUUAAUUCGCGAAGCUCGAUUGAGAAAAAAUAAGAACACAUUGGUAAUUUUCAAGUACCAAUGAUGUUUGAAAUAUAUAAAGCAAACAGAAGUACUCUUCCGAUUUCUCGGUAUUAAAGAUCAAAAUUCGAGUCUAUUAUUUUAAUAUAGUAGUUUAGAUAAAACAUGCAAUUUCGGAAAGAAAAUAUACACAAGGUAUUGUAGAUAAAAUCUUUCAAAAUAUUGAUCAUUGUCUUUGUGUGGUGUUAAUGCAACAAAAUAUGGAAAAUAAAAUUUUAGGAUUUUCUAAUAUUGCAUCUAUAAUGCCUAAAGUUUUAUAUUGAUUGAGAGAGAAAAUUCGCACUUUUGUUGCUCAAUGCAACUUUAUUUUAUUUCUCUACAGCUACACCUUCCUAACUGUAUUAAUUUUUCCAUAAAAUGUCUUCAUAAAUAAUAUUUUCACGAUUAAGAAAACACAAAUCACAGUGUUAAAAUUUAUAGAUUAAUAGGCCUAGUCCAAACUAUUCAAGGCCACACAACCUAGUUUAAAGUGGAAAAAAAUCGGAUAUUUAAAAUAUACUGUAGAUUGUUAUACUUUUCGAUCAAUAGAUUGUUUUACUUAUUUUUUUUUAAAGU